UUAAUCAGAUGCUUUGAUAAGACACCUACUGCGUUUGAGCAAUCAGCACUCUUACGCAGGAGGGGGACUCUUGGACUUUGGAGUGGAUUGCCUUGGUGGCAAGCUGAGCAGCAAGGGUCAGCCUGCAGUCACAUGCUAGCACAAACAUCCAAUGAUAGUCCAGUACUUCAGCCUACGCUGCCAAUGGGUCUGCGUCUGAGGUGGGCCGUAUCAUUCCCGAAGGACUAUAAGACAUUUGGGAGGCCCAAGGAAAGCUACCAUCCAAUCUAAACUGUCCUGCAACUCAGGUGAGUGGUCCCCUCUCUUUCUCUGCCAAGGAACUCUGUUAUGUUUGAUGUGGUAAAAUGUUUGGUUUUCUUGCAAUAUGUUGUUUAGUAGUGAGUCAGGUAUCUGUAAAAAUGGGCAUUCAAUUAUAGAGGGACAUUCCUUCCCAACCACAUUGUAAGCUGCUCAUUUAAAUAGUAUUGCUAUAAGCAGUAGUUUAGAGCGUGAUCUUUAGAGUGCUUGAUAGAUGUUUCAUUACUGUUUUUCCAAUAGGUAAACUGUUGAUAUGAAUCAAGAUGAUUCUUCUCAGUGAAUUAAGAAAGGCAAAUGAAGAUGGAAAUCAAACAGAGUCCAUGUCUAAUUCCAUUCUAAAUUUGCUGUGACAGGCAGAAGUUGCAAUUUCCUAGGGAGUCGGGGGUAUGGGCAUUUGGCGAACUACAUUACCAUUCAGACAAUUUAUUAUGAUUUGAAAUCUUCCUGAUUUGAAAUCUUCUUGAAUCAACUGAGUUAAAUUGAACUGAUCCCAAAACUGUCACUGAGUGCACUUAUUUGUUAUGCCAAGAGAAAAACCUUGAAACCACAAAAUUCUUCAGAGAUGGCCAUCCUACCAUCCGUCAGAGGUUGAAAAAGUACUCAGUUGUCAUACUUGAGUAAAAGUAAAGAUACCUUAAUAGAAAAUGACUCAAGUAAAAGCGAAAGUCAAUACAAAAUACUACUUGAGUAAAAGUAUAGAAGUAUCUGGUUUUAAAUGUACUUAAGUACAGUGGUGGAAAAAGUCAUAAUUAGUCAUACUUGAGUAAAAGUAAAAAGUAAAUGCUACAGGCCUACAUCAAGUUCCUUAUUUUAAGCAAACCAGACUGAACAAUUGUAUUGUUUUUUAAAUUACGGACAGCCAGGGGCACACUCCCACACUCAGACAUAAUUUACAAACGUAGUAUUUGUCUUUAGUGAGUCCACCAGAUCAGAGGCAGUAGUGAUGACAACGCAUUAUAUUGAUAGGUACAUGAAUUGGACCAUAUUGCUGUCCUGCCUGAGCAUUCAAAAUGUAACAAGUACUUUUGUGUGUCAGGAAAAAUGUAUGGGAUUAAAAAGUACAUAUUUUCUUUAGGAAUGAAAGUAAUUUUACACCACUGCCAUCCAGUGAUCGAACCACGCCUCCACAGACCUAUGGGGUCAAGCUAAUCCUACCAUUCUCUUCUCUCCUAAGGUGCCCUACUUAGCAGCCAUGAAGUUCUCUCUUGCCGCCCUUGUUGUCAUGUUUGCUUUGGCGCACGGUAAGAGAAAGUUCUUCAUAUUUGAAAGGUGCACUCUGUCGCUAGUUUCUCCCCUGUGGUAGCAUUCAGAAUUAAAUACACAAUUACGGCUUAAAUAACAUUUAUUUUUCACAUAGAUUUCAUUCUGUAUGUGCUUAUAUAACUGCAUUUCACAUAUGUGCACUAUAUAAUAUAAUAAUAGUGAGAUAUAUGCAAGAUAAGGAAAUGUUAUACUGCAGAGUUGGUGGAUUUAUUUAUAACUCAUGUAUUUUAAACGGCUGUAUGUGUAGAGGGUCUUGUCUGUGCUGUUGUAUGCUAUAUGGGCAUAAAUGGUUUGUGUACAUUGUGGGCCUCUGUUAAUGACAUUAUCCUCUGGCUACCCAUAGGAAGCCAAGCAGCACAGUCCCCCGAGUUUGAGAAGCUGGCACAGUACUUCCAGGAUCUGUCAGCUCAGCUGACCUCCACCACUCAGGAGCUGGUGCAGAAGAUCCAGGCAGAGUAAGUUACAUUUAAAAAAAAAAAACGUUUACAUUAUUUGAUAAACUUUUGAAGAACCAGCCCUUCCAACCCAGUCCUAAUUAUAAAAAAACACAACUCACCUCAUUCUAUUGGCUUAUAAUUUACAAUAAAGAAACAAUUAAGGGAGCAGCCAAAAACAAUGCAAAAGAAUGGAUGCAUGGUCAAAAAUAAUAUACAUUCCAAAAUUUGAUGAAAAAAGGCCAAUGACCAUCAAAAGCAUUAACAGGUAAUGUGUUUUGAUCCUAUUUUUCAACAAUAUUUUUGGCUCUACCUUUGUUUAUAUUGUGUUCAGACCACUAAUCACCCGCUCCCUUCCUAACAGGACCUUCUUAGAGGAUGGGAAGGCCCAGCUGCAGCAGAUCCAGGCCAAGCUGGCACCCCUGGCUGAUAACAUGCAGGCCCAGCUGAAGCCCCUGGCUGAGAACAUGCAGGCUCAGCUCAAGCCUCUGGUUGACAACGUCCAGGCUCAGAUAGAAGACCUCUUCCGCAAGGUGAUGGACCAGACAAAGGCCCUCGGCCAGUAAAGCAGCUCUUUUUCAACAACCUGACCAUCUUGGACCGAAUCAACAGCUCCAUAGCAGCCAAAACCAGUCCACCAAGAGUUGGAACCAGACAAACCUUCUGUUUAAGUCGUCUGCAUUUGUGCCAAGACCAAUGUUGUUGACAUGCAAAGACAGACAGUAGUAAUCCAGAACAUCAUUAAAACUUGUAAACUGGUCCUGUGGUCUCUAUUGUAAUUUGUCAUCAAUUACUUUCCAAUCAUACAUCCCUUAACAUAUUUGUUUUGUGUCUGAUUAUUGAAAUCUGCUUAAUUUCUCAAUUUAGGAGUUAUAGUUUCAAUAAUAACCCAUUUCACUACAUCACAGGUUAUACACUACCAAUCAAUACACUC